CAGUUCCGUGCUUGUUUUAGUGGGCUGACGGGUAGGUUACUUCUGUCUUUUUGGAUAUCAAGGGUAUAUCGUAGAAAAAGAAGCAGGUGUGAUCGUGAGCAAUGGCAGCUCUUCGUGUGUUAAUGCGUGGGUCUUUUGUCGCAGCGAGGCGUCUAGCAGUUAUUAAUGGUGCAAAAGUAAAUGUUAAGAGGGCAUUUGCUUUGCAGGGAAUUCCAACUGAUGAAGAGCAAGCCACUGGAAUAGAGCGGAAGACCAUGGAAGCUAUGAAGAAGGGGCUUGACCCAUACAGCAUGUUGAAGCCUAAGGAGUAUGCAGGAACUAGUGAAGACCCACACAUUGUUCCAUCAAUCAACAAAAAAAGAAUGGUCGGCUGCAUAUGUGAAGAAGACAAUACUGCCAUUGUAUGGUUCUGGCUGCAUGAAGGAGAUGUUCAGCGCUGUCCAUCUUGUGGAGCCCAUUACAAACUUGUCCGGCAUGAACUACCCCAUUAAGUGAAUCAGUUGUCUGAGUAAAAUAUGAAAUUUGAUUUAUUAAUAAAAUAAUUCUGACAAUGUC